GUGGGACCUCUGUGGCAUCACGCAGUUUUACCGAGCAGCAAACGUCCAAAAUGUAAGGGGAAAGCGACUUUGCACCACUUUCUGAAAGUAGGUGUGCAGUGGAAAACUUGAAGCAGUCUUAAAACGAUGCGUAAAGUCGUUGUUACGCAGCAGGGACGCGCAAUAAUCUGUGCGUAAAAGUGAGUCGAAGAGGACAGAAGCAAAACUUCUGCGGUGGAUGAAACGUUUUCUCGGGUGCGAUGGAUGCGUCAGUGAGUCUUUGGGACGUAAAAGGCUGACACUGUGGGGACAAUCAUUUCGAGCUUCCACGGUGGAUCUCUGCUUUCCAAAGUUUGGGGACAGCGCCGGAGCGGAGCGCGCAGCGGGGCAGCAGAUGCUGGACAGUGACUAAGCCUUACGGCUGGAAAGCGCAUGAAUUGAAUUUGUCUGGACUGCAGACUUUAUGUAAGAAGUAGGGCAAGCAUAACACCGCCCAACUAGUUCUUUCCGUCACGCGUUGUCGCACAGCAUCUUGCUGUUAUGAUAGACGUCGACUCUGAACGUUCAAUUCUCCAGAAAGUUGCCACUGGCUGAUGCCACUGCUCCUGCAGGAGUUGGUGGAAAGUUUUGUCUUCGACGUCCUUCUGUCUACCUCUGCUCGACAUGGACGAGAGUGUAGAGUCUGCUGCGGCUGACAGCUGCUCGGACGGGGAGAGCAUCAACCUCAGCGUGCUCAACUGGGAGCAAGUGCAGCGGCUGGACACCAUCCUCACGGGCUCCAUCCCCAUCCACGGCCGGUGGAGCUUCCCCACUCUGGAGGUGAAGCCGCGGGACAUCGUCAAGGUAGUCCGGAGCCGCAUGGAGGAGAAGCGGAUACAUGUCCGGGAGGUGCGACUGAACGGCUCCGCAGCCAGCUACGUCCUGCACGAGGACAGCGGUCUGGGCUGGAAAGAUCUGGACUUAAUAUUCUGCGCCGAGCUGAAAGGAGAGAUGGAGUUUCAGACAGUGAAAGAUAUAGUUCUGGACUCUCUUCUCGACUUCUUGCCUGAGGGAGUGAAUAAAGAAAAGAUCACACCAAUGACUUUAAAGGAGGCCUAUGUGCAAAAGAUGGUGAAGGUGUGCAAUGACUCAGACCGCUGGAGUCUCAUCUCCCUCUCCAACAACCGUGGCAAGAACGUGGAGCUCAAGUUCGUGGACUCUCUUCGACGGCAGUUUGAGUUCAGCGUGGACUCCUUCCAGAUCCGCCUGGACUCACUCCUCCUCUUCUAUGAGUGCUCAGAGCAUCCCAUGGCUGCCACUUUCCACCCCACAAUUCUCGGCGAGAGCGUCUACGGCGACUUCCCCACCGCCCUCGAUCACCUGCGCAAGCGGCUCAUCUGCACUAGGAGCCCUGAGGAGAUUCGAGGCGGGGGUCUGCUGAAGUACUGCCACCUGCUGGUGAGGGGCUUCCGUGCGGCCUCUGACAGCGAGAUGAAACUGCUGCAGCGCUACAUGUGCUCGCGCUUUUUCAUAGACUUUCCUGACGUGAGCGAGCAGAGGAGGAAGCUGGAGUCAUAUCUGCAGAACCACUUUGUCGACCUGGAGGACAGAAAGUAUGACUAUCUGGCCACGCUGUACGACGUGGUGCAGGAGAGCACGGUGUGCCUGAUGGGCCACGAGAGGCGUCAGACGCUCAGCCUCAUCUCCUCGCUGGCACUGCGGGUCCUGGCCGAGCAGAACGCCAUCCCCAACGCUGCCAACGUCACCUGCUUCUACCAGCCGGCUCCUUACGUCUCAGAUGGCAACUUCAGCAACUAUUAUGUAGCGCAGGUUCAGCCUGUCUACCCCUGUCCACCCUCGCCUCCUCAGCAUUACCUUUCCCCUCCACAACACCCCAUGUACGCCACCUGGUUGCCCUGUAACUAAACUUGUGUGUAUUCAUGCAUUUUGGCGUAUUUGGCAGAACUCGUACCUCCUUGAAAGGGAUGAAUUCCGAUCUUUUUAUCUCUUCCUUGAGAUUGGAAAUUGAGGGAAAUGAAAGAAGGAAACAAUGGAGACAAAAUUAAACAAAGAGGGCAGAUAAAAGAAGAGAAUAAAGGAAGGAGGGGAAAUGAGGACAAGGAACCUGGAGCAAGGCAAUGGGCCAGAGAGAGGUUUUUCCCUGGGGCGUAAGGUGCCAGGAAGAGCUGAGCACACGGGGAGAGAUGCCAACAAGAGAGGUCAACCGAUGGGUCAGUUUUAGGGUUCUCUCAUCAGCUAAGAUCGUUUUGGUAGACCAAACCACAGCUCGGCCCCAGACUGACCAACAGCCUGGAUAUGACGGUAUUUCUCUUUCUCUCUUGUGACUCAAAGCUCACAGGAACUUAUUUCAAAUGAUGAACAUGUAUAUGAUUCACAGUAAAAACCAUAACAGACUCGUACAGCCACAGAGAGUAACGGAGGACACAAAUGAUGUGCUGAAAAAACUGAUUCACGGUCAAACAGCUUCAAUCCUGUGAUCUUUUCCAUGUGCAUCGUGUGUGUGUGUGUGUGUGUGUGUGUGUGUGUGUGUGUGUGUGUGUGUGUGUGUGUGUGUGUGUGUGUGUGUGUACGGGACUUCUUUUCACAGACAAUGCAAAAUGAGGAAAUGGAUACUUGUUUACAAAUCCAAAGAUCUACUUUGAUACUCAACUUUAGCUAAAUUCUGAGAAAAAAAAGAAACAACAAAACAAUGCAUGCUUUAUUUCUGUACAGGAAUAAUUUUAAGUGCCUAGAUAAAGCCUAAAGCAGUGGUUCUCAAACUGGGGGGCAGGCCCUCCUGGAGGGGGGCGCAGAGCGACUGGAGGGAGGGUGGAUGACCAGGGGGAAAAUGUGGAGUGAAACAAAGCAGAAUGAAUAUGAUUUAUGAAGGGAAAAUAAAGUUUGUGAUAUCAUGCUGACCCGUAUUUCACUCAAAUUCAACUUUUUUAUUGGUUGUGAAUGAUUGCUAAAAAUUGUGGGGUGGGUGGCGUGACCCUUUUUCAGCUACUGAAGGGGGGCAUGCCAGAAAGAGUUUGAGAACCACUGGCCUAAAGGGAAGAGAUAUUUUUGUGAUUCUUUAUCGUAGAGAAGUGUUGUCUAAUUGACAUUUUCAAGGUGAUAAUGAAUGUACUGUGGAACAGAGUUUACCUACAGUUUGCUGAGGAAGGUCUCUUACACUGAGGGAGGUUCUGGACAAAUUGACUCUUUUGACAAUGUUUAGUUGAAGACUCUGCUGUUAUCUGCAGUCCUGCUGGACGAGCACACAUCCUGAUUACUAAAGGGGGAGUAACAACAUAAUCUCAUCAUCUGCACCGAGAGGGGGAGGAUCGAAAAUGCUUGUAAGAGUAAAAUAGAUGGUAAUUUUUAGAGAAAUCAACAGAGAAAGACAGAGAUUUGGCAGCAAGAGCGCAAAUGAGAGAGAGACUAAACUGCUUUUAUCUGCAAUGUUAUUGGAUUGCAAAAUAACGUGAACCAGUGCACAGCUUCAUCAACAAACAGCUGUUUGUCUCAAACAGAAGAUAAUCUAAUCAUCUGCAGGGGUUGAAAUGCUGCAAAAGAAAAUCUAUUUGGAUAUGCAAACGUUUUGCCCGUGAUGCUUUCAAAAAUGCAGUCUCAUCACAUGCAGCCCCACAUCAAAAUGCAUUUAAACAAACAAAACAUUUUUUUAACCAUGAGUUAUUUACAGAUGAAAAUGAUGGUGGGAUAUAAAUCACCUGGUUGUACAUGUGCAUUCUUGCUCACAUGCAUGAAACCAAACAGGGGCCACGAAUAAAAAACACUGCUCCAUAGCGCUGCUAGUGGUCCAAAACUCUACAGGGUACCUUUCAGUUACAGAUACAUAGAAAGCAGAUUUUGAAAUGCAUUUUCAAACAGGGACAACCAUUUUUUUUUAAUAAACUUGUAUAAAAACAAGUUAAUUUCAUAUCUUCUUAAAAAUACAAUAUAAAAAUUCUAUCAAAUUUCUAAAAUGGUCAUUUUGAAAUUUUAUUUUAAGCAGUUCAAAAUCAUUUUGGUGUGCACUGUAAAAAAAUAUGUUUCCACGUGUAAGAGCGAAAUCGAAAACUUUGAAGAGACAUCUGUAAAUAUCUCCUGACCACACGCUGCAUGUUUGUCAGAGGGGUGGAGGAUGGAUUGUGUAUGCAGGGGUGUAGCAGCAGAGCAGCUUUUGAAUAGAGUGGAGUAAAGGCAAACUACUGGUAGAGUCCCAGAUCCAUCAGAGGAGAGUAUUUUCAAGCUUGACAAGCUUCAAAAAUGAAGUAAGCUCAAAAUGUCCUGUGUAUAUUUCAUCUUCGCUUUUUUUUUUUGUAAAAAGAGUCAAAGUUUGGGAUGUGUGGAAAGUUUGGACAGCAGAUUUUGACAGCUGUCAGCAUUUUAUCUCUCCUUAGUGUAGAAAAGCACCAAACAAUGAGGAAAUAAAACAGAAAUAGCACAGAUAAAGACAACCACAUGGAUAUUUGAGCGGCAAUAAGACGAGCUGGCAAGAGUUUUUAAGGGGUUUUUGUGGCGAUCACGAAAAUAACGUGUACAUUUACAGCUUUACAGUGUAAGAGACUCAGCAUUUUCUCUCAAACAUGUCAGAUCUCCUAUUUUUCUAUCGAUCUCUAUUUUUGUACAGUUUGUGUUUGGCUGAUGUAGCAGGCAGAUUCAAAGCUGUGUCGUUGAGUCUAUUUUGUGGCGUGUGCUGAAUUUGUGUUUUAUUUUGGCUGAUGAAGAGCGGUGCGGGUGGACACGGUGGCUACGCUGAGGCGCAGAUUUAACUUGUGUUCAUUGUAUGUGAGCUCUGAGAAGUUUCAUAUGGGUUUCUGUUGCUCUAAAGAGAUUGUUCCACUGUUCUACAUGUGUUUCUAAACUGCCGUCCUGUUGGGACAUGAAAAUAAUGAUAUGAUAAUUGUGUUCAAGUUGACCAACUUGAGAAUUAAAAGCAGAAAAAAAGACCCUCA